AUGCCUUGGUCUACAGUUGCCUCAGAUAUAUUUUACUACAAAGGAAAAGAUUAUCUGUUGGUUGUUGACUACUUUUCAAAAUAUCCAGAAAUUGCGAGAUUGCAGAACAAGACAAGUUAUUCUGUAAUAUCAGCUAUGAAAAAAAUCUUUGCUCGUCAUGGCAUACCGGAAAAAAUUGUAGCUGACAAUAUGCCAUUUAACAGUUCAAAUUUUUUGAAAUUCUGCAGAGAUUGGGAAAUACAAAUUGUAACUUCAAGUCCAAAUUAUCCAAGAAGCAAUGGUCUUGCUGAGAGAUUUGUACAGUCUAUCAAGAAUUUGCUGAAAAAGGCUGAUGAUUCUAAUAGAGAUAUUUAUCUGUCGUUACUUGAAUUUCGUAAUACUCCAAUUUCUGAUAUGUCAUAUUCACCGUCUGAAUUACUGAUGAGCAGGAAGCUAAGGUCGAAAAUACCUGUUUCAAAGAAACUUUUGAAUCCGAAAGUUGCAAAGAAUGUUCACUCUCAUUUGCAUCAAAGACUGAUGAAACAGAAGAAAUUUCAUGAUAGAUCUGCUAGGCAGAUGAAAGAAUUACAAAAUCAAGAUGUUGUAAGAAUCAGACGUGAUGGUGAAUGGAUUUCUGCAAUUGUGGUUGGUAAACAUAAUACACCCAGAUCAUAUUAUGUUGAGACUCCUGAUGGUUCAAGAUAUAGAAGGAAUCGAUAUCAUCUUUUGAAAACAAAAGAAGAUAUACCUACAUAUACUGGUCCGAUGAUUGACUCAACUUAUGAUCAUGAAGAAAAUGAGAAUGUUCAAGUACCACAAAGACAAUUAAGAAGAUCUAGGAGGAAUAGAAGAAGACCUCGUCGUUUUAUUGAAGAAUAUUAA